GUCAUCAUGAUCGCUCGGUUGCAUGCCAUGUAUCAGAGAUCUAGAAAGGUGCUGACAUUGCGAGGUGAGCUCAUAAUGUCAAUGUGGUUUCUCUUUUUCCACCAAGGUUUUCGCAUGCUAGUUUUUUGGUUAUCUCUUGUCUCCAGAUCGGUUUCUUCUUUUCGACACUCUCAGUGGACAUAUAUUCCCUGGACCCUCAGAUUUAUUUUGUUCUCGCUGAGAUAUUCCAGGUCGUGCAGAUGUUUGUGCUAGGACCACGCCUCAUCCUCGGUGUUGGAGAAUAUCACGCUGAGCUCGUGGCCAACUCUAAUACAGCAACCGCA